CAGAAAUUCUUUAGUCGUCUAAGGAAACAGUGAUAUUUGAAAAAUUUCUUUUUAAUAAACUUAAUUUUAUAAAGCAAUAAAAAAGAGAUGGCUCGUGUACCUUUAAUGUUCCGUGAUUGGUGGGAAGAUUUUGAUAUGCCAGUAAGAACAUCAAGAUUAUUAGAUCAGCAUUUUGGUACUGGUUUAAGACGUGAUGAUUUACUAUCAUCGUUCUGGAAUUCAACACCAUCAAUUUUACGUAGCGGUUAUGUUAGACCAUGGAGGAAUACAACACUUAUGAAACAAGAUUCUGGAUCAACAUUAAAUAUUGAUAAAGAAAAAUUCCAAGUAAUAUUAGAUGUACAACAAUUCACACCAAAUGAAAUAUCAGUAAAAACAUCCGAUAGAUAUGUUAUUGUUGAGGGAAAACAUGAAGAAAGACAGGAUGAACAUGGUUUUAUUAGUAGACAAUUUACAAGACGUUAUAUGUUGCCUGCUGAUAUAAAUCCAAAUGAUGUUACAUCAACUCUUUCAUCAGAUGGAGUUUUAACAAUUACCGCACCAAUGAAAUCAUUACCACCACCAACUGGAGAACGUGUUGUACAAAUUCAACAAACAGGUACAGCAGCAACUAAAGAAGAAAAUAAUGCCAAAGUUGACUGUGCCGCAAAGUAAUUAAUUCCUGUUUUUUAAAUAAUUUAAAAGUAUAAGGAAAGUUUUUUUAAUAUUGUUAUAUUCGAAUCAAAAAUAUUUAUCUUAAUUAAUAAAUGUAUUAUUUUUACAUCUAAUAUUAUUGUUUAUGUAAAAAUUAAAAAUGGAACUGA